CUCCUGCUUUCCGUCAGGUCAAAGAAAAUUGAAUGUACACGCAGCGCUGGAAGCUUGUGUGUUAUAACAUUUUUAUUAAUCAUAUGAACUAUUCCCCAUGACCUAAAAAACUCGGCCAGACAACGUAACUGGAUACAAAAAUGGACGAUGACAUGCCAGAUGAGGUGUGUCUUGCUGAACUAAAGACGAGGCACGUUGGUGGCUGGGGACUUGCUCAAAUAGCUGCCGGCACUGGGCUUGCUGUGUAUGCUGUGUGGGUGGGGAUCCUACAGCCAGGUUUCCGAAGAGUCCCAUUAAAGCUACAAGUUCCCUACAUUCCCGCCAGCAAAGCCCAAGUAGAUAAUGUCAUGAAACUCUUGAGAGGUCAAAAAGGAGGCCUUGUGGAUUUGGGAUCUGGUGAUGGUCGCAUUGUCUUGGAAGCCAGUCGGCAGGGUUUCACGCCAGCUGUCGGUUAUGAGCUCAAUCCAUGGCUUGUUCGUCUGGCCCGUUUUCACGCAUGGAGAGCAGGCCUUCAUGGGAAGGUUUUAUACCGGCGUGAAGACCUCUGGAAGGUUGAUUUGACAGAAUGUAAGAACAUCACUGUGUUUCUGGCUCCCAGUGUGCUUUCAUUGUUGCAGGACAAGUUGCUGGCUGAGCUUCAUGAUGAUGCCUUAGUAGUAGCUGGACGUUUUCCCUUCCCUGACUGGAAACCCUGCAGGAUUGAGGGCCAGGGUGUGGACAGGGCCUGGGCCUAUAAUAUGCAAGCGCAAAGAAAACACAGAUUCAGGAACAAUGACAAUCUAACCAUCCCAAAUGGUGACCUUAAAAAUGAACUAAGCAAGCUGAAGAAAUCCUCCUGAAGCCUUGUCUUUUUCCUAUCUAACAUGGAAUGCUGUUUGUCAUUGAUGUAGUGUUUAUAAAAUGUACAUAUUGGUUGAAUACUGUAAUACAUAACCUUUUCAUAAUAGAUGUAG